UUCUGGAGUAGAUCGUUUUUAGAGGGAGGGGUUUUUUUGGUUGUUUUUAUUUUUACUUUUUUAAAAAAAAUAUGUAAAGUUUUUAAUAGAUUUCUUACUGACAUUCUUCCAGGAGAGCAAUCUAAAAGUUAUUUCCGAUUUCAUUCUAUGCAUUGGGGGGGGAAAAAAAAAAAGAAAGAAAAGAAAAGAAAAAAAAAAGAAAAAAUUCAACAACAUUCUCUAGUUAUUGAGGAAAGUCUAAGGUUCUUGUCAUCUUUCUCAUCCUAAAAUGGCAUCCAAACACCCCCUUAGAAUCUUGCCUAUUAAUUAUACUUCUUACUUCUUGCCCAAUGGUCCAAAAAAGGGAACAGAUUAUUUGGCAGGCAAGUGAUGGGGGCCUUACGGGAAGGUAUUUGUCCUAAAUUAUGAUUCUGAGAUCCUUAUCCUCCCCGCUCUUUCCAGUCCAUGGAGGGAACCAUGACGCUUCUUGAUGAUGAUGGAGAUGGAUGGGAAUUUAAGUGUGUGAAAAAACGAGGAAAGGAAGUAUCUGAAAAUACACAUCAUGCAGCAACGGGGAAGAGACGCGGGGGACCGGCCCUAAGUCCCACUAAGCCGCACCAAAUGGCCCCACUCCCAACUGGGCCCCUAGCGUCCGGCGUCUCCCCGGCGCAGUAGUGGGGAACAGUGGGGCGGAGCUCGGAGGAGGCGGGGCCGGGGGCGGGAGUUUCUGGCACUUUCUCGGGGCUGCGAGGAUUUCAGGCUCAGACACAGAAGGCCGGAAACGCCGGCGAGGAUCCGCUGCUGUCGCCGUUAGCUCCGGGCGGGUCCGCUUCCACCUCCAGCCCGGCGGAACCCGGAGCCCGCGACCGGCACUGCGGCCUGAGACGCCAUGGCCAAGUGGGGACAUGGGGAUCCGCGCUGGAUCGUAGAGGAGAGGGCUGACGGGACCAACGUAAACAACUGGCACUGGACAGAGCGGGACGCAACCAACUGGUCAAAGGGGAAGCUGCGGGAGCUCCUGGUGGGGGUCAUGGUGGAGAAUGAGGUUGGCAGCUGUGAGAUCAGUGACCUGAAGCAGGUGGAAGGGGAGGCCUCCUGCAGCAGCCGCAAAGGGAAGCUGAUUUUCUUCUAUGAGUGGAACAUCAAACUGAGCUGGAAAGGUACAGUCAAGGAAUCUGGUGCAAAGCAUAGAGGAUCAGUUGAAAUACCCCACCUCUCUGAAGAAAAUGAAGUAGAUGAUACAGAGGUAAACGUGAGUAAAAAGAAAGGAGAUGGAGAUUCACUGAAGGAUCUCAUGAAAACUGCAGGGGUGGCCAAGGUCAGAGAAGCCCUUGAGGAUUACCUGACAGCUCUGAAAACAGAAUUCACAACAGGAAUGAUUUUGCCAACAAAAACUGCACCUCCUCAGGAACUGACUGCAAAAAGAAAAUUGAGCGAACAUACUUUUCAGGACUCUGUGACUCCAAUGGUUCUGGAUGUAGUAGGUGUGAGGAUUCCAACAGUGACAAUACAUAUGAGGGAAAUAUUUGACACAGCAGUAGAAGAGCUGUACAGCAUCUUCACCACUAAAGAUUUGGUGCAAAAGUUUUCUAAAUCUUCUGCUGUGAUAGAAGCUGAAAAAGGAGGCAAAUUCCAAAUGUUUGAUGGGACUGUUACUGGUGAAUAUCUAGAAUUGUUAUCCAAUAAAAGGAUUGUUAUGAAGUGGCGAUGUAAGAGCUGGCCAGAAGAACAUUAUGCAACUGUUGCACUGAGUUUUGUGCCUGUGGCAGAACAAACAGAAUUACAGCUAAACUGCAAAGGAGUUCCUGUUUGUAAAGAAGAAAGUACAAGACAGUGCUGGGAAAAACAGCAUUUUGAAGAAAUAAAGAGAUUUGCUGUAGCUUUUGGCAACCCUGAACAGCUGAAUUAACUAGAAGACAUUUUAUAAGGGCAUUACUUUUUUAUAAGUGGAAAAAAGUUCAUUCUUCACUAAACCGCUUUUUCUCCCUUCUUAAAAAAAAAAAAAUACAAACCCCUUAAUUUAUUUGUGCUGGCAAAAAUUCCACAUCUAUAUGAUUUUAAGUAUUAUUUAUGGGUCUUUAUUGUAAACAAGACUAUAGAUUUAGAGCUAAGAGCUCUUAGCAAUAUAAAACAAUAAUUUUGUACAGCUAAUGUACCUUAGCUAUUAAAACUCUAGGACUGGACUGAUUGUUCUGAACACUGGGUUCAUAAAUCUAGGUUUCCUAAUCUAAAGCUUUGGCCAUAUGCUUUAGCCUAUAAGGUAAUGUAAAUCCAAGUUUUUGUUUUUCCUCAAGAAAUCUGGGGCAAAAACAAAACAAAAAACAAAAAGGGGCAGUUAGGUGGCGCAGUGGAUAGAGCAUCAGCCCUGAAGUUAGGAGGAUCUGAGUUCACAUCUGGUCUCAGACACUUAACAUGUCCUAGCUGUGUGACCCUGGGCAAGUCACUUAACCCCAAUUUCCUUAGCGCAAAAAACAAACCCAAGAAGUCUGGGAUAGUUGGGGGAGGGAGGAUGGGAAUUCUGUGUAGUGAAGGGCAGCCAGAGAAGGAUUAACUUGGGUGAGGCAUUUGUUUUUCUAAAUUUUCUGGGCCUACCUGGCUCCUGAACAGAGGCAAAAAAAUAUGUGAUUGAUUCUGGGUGCUGUAGGGACACCAUAUCAUUUAAACUGGACAGUCCUAUGGUUAAGAGAAAACAAUGAUACUUAUUUUAGCAGCCUUGAAAGGAUCUGAGAAUGAAAAGACUUGCUUUUAAAAUCUAAUUUUCUACCUUUAAUACAAUUACAUGAAAAACAAUGGAUUCCUGCCCUCCCCUCCCUAGUUCCCCAACCCAACUUAUUUACCUGAAAAAUCUGAAGACUGAAGCAACUUAAGUAAACAAAUGAAAAGUCAUCACAAUCAGUUUAAUGAAGUGCACAGAAUAGCAUCGGUCAUGUCAAUAAAAAUAAAACAAUUAUUUUUA